AUGUAUAUUUCUGUUCUCAAGUUGUCGCCAAUUCAGAUUUCAUUUGACAAACAAUCAAGUAUGUUCAAUGAGCUUCCAAACGAGGUUAUUUCAGCUAUCGGCUCAUUUCUUUCACAAGAAGACCAAACCACAUGCUUGAAAAUCUGCAAAGCAUGGACACCUGUAUUUCAGCUUCUCCUUUGGCGGAAACUAUUCAUCGAUAGUGAUUUCAUAAAGUUUAUGUAUAACGCGUCUAGUCCAGACAACAUUUACAAAAAUAAUGGGCACAAGGUGCACCUAUUGAAAAUCGAAGCCACUGGAAUGAUCGAACAAGAACACUUUAAAUUACUACAACAACUAUUUCCCUGGAUAAAUCAUUUUGCUACCUCGGUGGUUCGCCCCGAAAUACAGUUUACUGUAAACAUGGUUGAUUGGAGUUUGUGGAAAUCACUGGUACAUGUAGAAAUAUGCUUGGAUACCUCCAUGAUAAUUUUUGGGCCGAAAGCCACGUUUGAAUACAUGUCUUCUAUAACAUGCCUAGUCAACCUUAAUAUGGUAUCCUAUGAACACGUCACUAGUGGAAUAUAUAUUACAUGGCAGGACAUAGAAGUUCUUCAUCAAAGUUUCCCAAGAUUGGAAAAUCUAAAAUUUGAUUAUAAUAUCAUGAAUAUACCACCCAGCGACAUAGGAACAGUAAAAAACACCACUCCGGCAACAACUGUUAAGAAAGUAAGGUGCAAGAAUAUAAAUGUCCGCCUGGAUUUCAAGUGGAUAAUAUACUAUGGAUUAAAGUAUCCAAACCUUGAGACCCUAAGCUUUAAAAUGGUCAAUCCCAUACUGAAUAGCCAGCAUCACAUCCAAGUUGAUUUCAAAAAUAUCAUUACAUUAUAUCCCAACUUUUCCCAUGAUCUAAAGUCGCUAGAGACGUUUUAUGGUGCUAACGGCACAAGGCAGCCGUUAGCUAUGUUCAAUUUUCUGAACAAGUCCAAAGCACCGAUCAAGAAGCUAUCCAUUCAUGCCCAAUAUUUUUUGGAACACCCCCGGCUUAUUAAGGCAAAUAUAAGUCUUAUGAACUUAUUUUCAUUGACACUAAAUAACCUCGAGGUCAGCUUGUUUGAUUCUGGGCACAGUCCAGAAAUAUUUGCCCUCCGUAUUAUUCACCAUCCUUUUCUGGUUUCCUUGGAAAUAUACCUACCAAAAUUUGGCUUUGAAAUGGAUCACAUAUUGGAUCAGUGCCCCUUGUUACAAUCUUUUAAGGUACAUGGAUCUGAUAUACGUCUCAGUCCUAAUACGCCACCUACUCUGCCAACACAUGGGCUACGGGAUCUACUCAUAAGGUGUAAACAGCUUGACGUAAAAACGAUGAGCUAUAUUUCCUUUCGUUGUAGGCUACUAAGGUGCUUAAGUUUGAACGCGCACUCGCUCAACAAAUCACAACUCACAGGAAACUCUUAUUUGUUCGACAUGUCCUUAACACAGUUAAAUCUAUUAGUAGUCAAUAGCAUUGAGCUUAUGGCAGGACCGUGCCAUCUUUUUGCUAUUGAGCAAGCCGAAAAUAUUACACAAAGUGACGGUAUCAAUACGUCAGUUGGUAUACUUCCCCAGGCUUCAUGUACACAAAAAACGCGGACGAAAUGCUACCGACCAAACAAACUGCAACACUUGCACACACCAGAAGAUUUCAACAUAUUUGAACUCAACCGCCUAGAAAUUAAAUACCUUCAAGGAUUUUACCCUGAUUUUGGACCCACAUACUUUGAUCAAAAAGGGGUUUCAGACGUAGAGAAAGAACAAUGGCACACAAUCAGUGACUCCCUAAGAAAAUCCAUUGGAGGAGGCUACAUAGUAUUUCGGUUUAAGUCUGUCAAAAAUUGUUUUUUCCAAGGCUAUAUAAUAUAA